AUGUAUAAGCAAGAUGAGGGGCUGGCAGAUGGAGAUGAUUUUCAACUGAGCCCUGAGGUGCAAGCUGAAUUGGUUUUAUAUGGCAAGAGGCAGCAGGGAAUGUGCAGGCGGGAAAGUUUGAGAAAUCAACGAAAGGUCACAUAUGCAAAUGGGCAUCACGCUGGCAAUUCUCCAUGGGCAGAGAGAUAUGUGCGUGAGUACAAAGAACUAGAGUCCCCAGAUGCUGACACCUUCCAAACGCCUUUUGGGCAUGACGGCCACCGUGCUAAAACUGUAUCGUUUAUCUUGCUUGCUACUCAAGAGCCAGCAGAGCGACAACGCUUGAACAUGCGUAGACGCUGGGAGUCACCGCUGAAAGUCGUCGCUAUUUUCGUCCGUGCUGCUGGUGCUGGCGACCUCCGUAUUAUGGUAGUACGACGAUUCAAGGUCAGGCUGUUUCCAAACUCGCGUCAGAGGCCUGUCUGCCAUGGAAUUUCGGUUUUCCAGGCGGUGGGAGGGAUAGAAGGCGGAUACCGGGUGAGAAUAAGCUCACGGCCACCUGGACUCGAGACGGGCCAAAUCGCAUUGGAAAACUUAAAUUCUCAGCGUAUCAAUGACCGCGAAGGGGGGUCCAGGGCAGUAUCAUUCCUGGAUCUAUUUGCCGUGGAGGAUAAUUGUUGA